AUGACUAGGUCUUCCUUUGCAACACUGCUUGAACUUGACCCGGAGAUUGAGAGAACCUUUUGGGCUUUAAGGAGACAAGCUAGGUCAGCAGCAACUUGUGAGAGCAGAAUUUCAGAGAUGGAUAAUCAGAUAACAGAAGGGGAUCGAACUAUGAAAGAGCUUGCAGCACCAGAUGUGGCUUAUAAGUACUCAUGCAUCACUUAUCCAGAUUUGGCAGGAGAUUUUGAACUCAGAUCAGGACUUAUUCAUCUGCUUCCCAAAUUUCAAGGCUUAUCAGGAGAGGAUCCCAACCGCCAUCUACAUGAAUUCCAUGUGGUUUGUUCUACCAUGAAACCACAGGGGAUUUCAGAAGAAGACAUUAAGUUGAGGGCCUUUCCAUUCUCUUUGUCAGGAGCAGCAAAGGACUGGUUAUAUUGCCUUCCAGCUGGAUACAUUACUAGUUGGAUUGAUAUGAAGAAAGCAUUUUUGGAGAAAUUUUUCCCAGCUUCUAGGACUGCAACUAUUAGGAAGAGCAUUUGUGGUAUUCAACAAGUAGUGGGAGAGACUCUUUAUGAUUAUUGGGAGAGAUUCAAGAAGCUGUGUUCGAGUUGUCCACAACAUCAGAUUAGUGAUCAGCUUCUUGUUCAAUAUUUUUAUGAGGGUCUACUUCCUAUGGAUAGGAGCAUGAUAGAUGCAGCAGCUGGAGGAGCCUUGGUGAAUAAGACUCCAAAUCAAGCAAGAGAGCUAAUUUCAAAUAUGGCAGAAAAUUCACAGCAAUUUGGGAGUAGAGCUCUUGGGACUAGAGUGGUUAAUGAAACUCAUUUGGUUUCAAAUGAGCAACAAGAAAUCAGAAACAAUUUGCAAGAAUUGACCUCUCUAGUGAAGCAAAUGGCGUUGCAAAAUUCGAGUCAUGUUUCAAAUUUUCCUUUAUCAAUGAUGAAGUUGUGUGGAAUUUGUUCAAGCCAAGAUCAUUCUUCGGAUCAUUGUCCUAAUUUAUAUCAAGAUGAAUCUGUUGCAGCCAUUUCAAGACCUCAAUUUCAGCAACACAAGUAUGAUCCCAACUCUUCAACUUAUAAUCCGGGAUGGAGGGAUCAUCCUAAUUUGAGGUAUGGGAACACAUUUUAUCAGCAGCCAACACAAAAUCAGAUUGGUCAGCCAUCAUUUCAGCAUCAGCAGAAUCAACAUUAUUUCCAGAACCAUCCAGCAGUUCAUUCUCAGCAAAAUCAGCACUUUCAGCAGCCUCAAUUUCAGCAAAAUCCACAUUUUCAGAAUUCACAGAAUCAACAGAAUCAUUUUCAGCAAAUUCAGCAACCUGUGCAGAAUUUCCAGCAGCCAAGUAAUGCAAAUCAGCACCAAUCUCAGCUUGCACUUCCAUCUUCUACAAGUCCUAGAUCAAUGCAACCUCAGCACAACUUUAGCAACUCGAAAAUUGAAGAUUUGAUGCAGUAA